GGCCGCUCACCUCCUGAGCCCCCGGGUUCUCCCGGAAGUUCUUAAGCGCAAAGGUCGUGUCCGUACAACAAUAUGGCGGUGCCCACGUAGGGUGCAGAGUCGGCGGAGGAGUUUGCUCCAGGAAGUGUGCAUAAUUGCCAGCUACGGUUUCAGGGAGUUGAUUUUUCUUCCUGAAAAGGGGAGCUAUGAUGUCUGUGGUACAUCGGCUGACAGCGGGAUGGCUUGUGGAUCAUCUCUCUUUCAUCAACCAGUGUGGUUAUGAGGUCUGUGACUCCUUUGCAUACUCUGGUGGUGUCAGUCUCAGUACUUCUGUCAAUUCCAUUGGAGAUUGUCGCGCUACUUCUACCUUUGCUGCCACCUCCUCGUCAAGAGAUGGUACUACUCCUGGUAUUGGAGAUACGAUAGAAACAGAAGGUGAAACAGCAAGAAAGAGAUAUGUGUUUCGGGAGGAGUUCUUUGAUAUUUCUAAACCUCAUAUAGCUGCAGCUCCUGAGAAACAGCUAUGGCAGGGAUGCCCUGAGGUGAGUCUCACAGAAGUGACAGCCAACAACAACAGAGGGGAACACCGUGAAGGAACCAAGAGUGCCAUCGGAGAUUCUGUUGCCAGUGCUAGGAAGAAACGUAAAAGGAAAUGUGUAUUCAACCAAGGUGAACUGGAUGCUUUAGAAUACCAUUCAAAGGUCAGGAAGCUCAUUUGGGAAGGCACUUUGUGUUUAGUCCAAGAAGGACUCAAAAGUGGUUUUCUUUACCGCGCUACUGCAGAACUCAGUUGCAGGGAGAAUGUUGUUCCUGGACCUGUUGGCUGUGGGUUGGCUGAAUUAUGUGAAAUGGCAAAGCAGCUUCCAGCUGUGAAUGAAAGCGACCAUCAAGUUGUACAUCUGCUAGAUGAUGAAAUCUCCAUUCCAGAGCAGGACCUGCUUUCAUGUGUUACGGAAAACAGCUCAAGCAGUGCAAAGAUAGUUGUGUUAAUGGGGCAGAAGUACUUGGUGCCACCAAAAAGCAGUUUCCUUUUAUCUGAUAUUUCAUGUUUACAGCCCCUGCUGAACUACAAGAAAAAAUAUGAUGUAAUUGUGAUUGACCCACCAUGGGAGAACAAGUCCGUUAAAAGAAGUAACAGGUACAGCUACUUGUCUUCAUGGCAAAUCAAGCAGAUUCCUGUACCAGCACUCGCUGCUCCAAAUUGCCUUGUAGUCACGUGGGUGACUAAUAGACAGAAACACUUACGGUUUGUUAAGGAUGAACUGUAUCCUCAUUGGUCUGUGAAGACACUUGCCGAGUGGCAUUGGGUAAAAAUUACUAGAGCUGGAGAAUUUGUAUUGCCUUUGGAUUCUUUACACAAAAAGCCCUAUGAAGUUCUUGUAUUGGGGAGAGUACAAGGAGAUGUAGAAGAAGCCUUAAGGAAAUCUGAAGAUGUCCUUCCAAUUCCAGAACAUAAGUUAAUUGUCAGCAUACCUUGCAGUCUUCAUUCACAUAAACCCCCUCUUACUGCGGUUCUGGCAGAGUUUAUCAAGCCAGAUGUGGAAUGCUUGGAGUUGUUUGCUCGCAACCUACAGCCUGGCUGGACCAGCUGGGGAAAUGAAGUUUUGAAGUUUCAGCACGUUGAUUAUUUCACUCUUCUGCAGAAUGAAAACUGAGUUGGGCCUUGUAGCUUAAUUCUGAAAUUCCACAUCUUCCCAGCAAGUUCUUGAACUUGCCUUUAUUACUGAUUUACCCAGAAGAUAACAGAAUUCUCAAAGCGACAGAGUAUCUGUUUAAUGGUAUCUCCAUUUGUACAAGCUCGUCCUUUGUUUUGAUGAUACUGAGAUAUGUAAAAGUCCAUCCUUGAGGGUGUUUUCCAAACCUCAAGAAAAGAAAAAUAUUUUAAAGUAUUCUUACUGCAGCUAUCAAAUCUGAGCAUUGUAAGUGUUACAGUGUUGCCUUUGUAAUGUACUAUUUUUAAAGAAUGAUAUGUUACUUUUAAAGAGUGGCAAUGGGAGGAAGCAGUUCUGAGUUACAUAUGCUUCCUUAAAGAAGGCUGUUUCUUGCAAAACAGUGGAUUUUGAACUAAAAUACUUAUGGAGCCAGUGUAUCUUCCUGCAAGUUUGUAUCUGUCUAUCUACCUCAGAGGAAAUGAAAGGAGUGGUGCUUGUGUUAACUGGCAAAUGAACUGUUGACUGACCACAUUCUAUGUCAAAUUACACUUUUGAAAAAGUCAGCAUAUACUUCCUGUGUAUGGCAUUCAUUCUUUGAAUACAUUGUAAAUGAUCGGUCUCAACAUCUUAUAAAUUCUGCAUAUGCAGCUGUUAGAUUUAACUGAAAUUUUAACAGAAUGUAAAUAUUUUAAAAAUUCUCUUUCCUUAUGUUCAUGGAACAUUGAAAAGCUGUGCCAGUGAGCUGUAUUUUUCAGCUAGCAUAAAAAUAAUAAUUUUUUUUUUAAAGAAUGGUACACUUUGCGUGUCUUUUGCUGCCCUUAGAUUUGCUUUGAAAAAUAAAAGGAGGAGACUUAAUGAAGCCCCUGCCAUGUACUUGCAGUAGUAGAGGCAGAGCUGCUGGACAAGCUGAUUUUCCCGAGGGCAAGCUCCUGAGUUCUGACUGACUGUUUAUAAUGGGGAACAAAAUGCAUUGCAUACCUUCGUUACAUUCACUUCCUUUGUGGCAGUCUGAUGAGCUGUGAAGGUUUUUAAAUUAAGCUUUAAACAUUAGCAGAUUAUUUUUUGAUACUUUUGUAAUAAAAAUUAAAAUAAAAACUCAUCAGUGUACAGUUUGCAGACCCAGUUUCUAUAUCACCAUUUAAUGUCAUAUUUUGCCUAUUGGAGCAGUAGAGUUAACAGAACAAGGAAAAUGCUUUUUGUCUUUUUUUUUUUUUUUUUUUCCUUCCCUUGUUAAACAUAUACUCAAAAUAAGUAAAUAAUGUAACACUGCAAGUAGUUACCAGGAAAAACACUUCUUGCUGCAUGAUUUCAUUUAGCCUGUAUUUUAAACUAUCCGUACAACAAGCAGCCUUACCCAGGAGGGGUAAGAUACCUUACUUUAACUACAGGGGAUAAGAAGGUUCUUUAUUUACUUUCGGUUUUACAAGAUGUUCUCUACCUCAAGCUUCUGAGUUCCCAGGCAGAAUUCCCCUCCCAAGAUGGUCUCGUCCAGAACUAAAUGAGUGUAUGAGACUUAAGUAUGGAAUAAAUCAAAACCGCUGAACGUA